AUGUCGUCGCCCAGCCUGGACGGCGGCCUCUUGGAGGGCCUGCUCGAGAAGAAGCCGGUCAGCGUGCUCGCGCGCAGCAUCGGCAGCACCUGGCGGCCGCGCUACAUCGUGCUCCGCGCUCAAAGCCUAGAGUGGCACCACGGCGGCGACGAGAGCGGCGAACUGCAGGUGCUCCUCCUCGACGCCCGAGCUUCGCAGGUCCGAGCCGCCGGCGAUGCGGGCGACGACGCGGAGCGCUGCCUCACCGUGAGCGGCACGGUGCGUGGCCAGCCUGUCUGCCUCGUGCUGAGGUGCUCCGACGCCUCCGAGCGAGACGCGUGGGUGCGCGCGGUCUGCCGGUGCAUCGAGUCGCUCAAGGCCAUCGUGUUUGACGCUGCCGUCGCCCAGGCGGAGCGCAACCUCGAGACCAUCGCGCGCGAGCACGGCGCGCGGGUGCGCCGCGCCGCCGCGGUGCGCGAGGGCGUGCGGUUGCUGAUGGAGCGCUUCUUCUCGUCGUCCGCGGCGGUCGCGUCUGAAACGGAGUCGUUCGAGCCCGACCAGGCGGGCCUGGCUGACGCACUCGCGUCGUGCCUGCUGACGCGGCAGGCGGAGGCGCGUGCGUGCGCGGCCGCCUCGCAGACCGAGGCCUCGGCUGCAGAGCCGCAGCAGGCGGCCCGGGAGCCGCGAGCUGCGGCUGCGGAGGAGGAGCUGCGCGAGCUGCAGCUCUUCUCGUGGCAGCCGCUCGUGGCGCGCGAGGUGGAAGAGAACGCCACUCAGCUCGUGCGCGGCUGGGGCGGCGCGGCCGACCUCUCCUCCAUCGCGGCGCGCCUCGACUGGGCCCUCGGCAUCUCGGAGCCCUUCGAGCUCGGCGUGUCCGAGCUCGGCCGCUUCUUGCCGGGCAUGCGGCUGCCGCCGCCGCCGCUGGACGGCGGCCCGCUCGCCCGGUGGCAGCACUACCGCGCGUGCGUGCACAGCGCCUUGGCGCAGUACGACUCGCCGCUGAGAUCGAGCCCGAGCGGGCAGCCGCCGUGGCUGCACGUCGCGCCCGAUGGCACGCGGUGCAGGGUCGUGCUCGGCGACAGCGGCGCCGACGCGGCGGACGAGGCCGCCGCCGACGCCGAGGCGGACGCCGAGGCGGCGGCCGACGGCUCCGAGGCGCGCUUGCUGGCGCUGGCGAUACAGGCCUCCAUCGAGACCAAGGCGGAGGAGGACCGGGCGCUCGACACCGGCGCAGGCGGGCUGACCGAAGAGGAGCAGCUGGCGUGGGCACUCCGCGAGUCAGCCUCGCCCGCGUCGCCGCACUCGCCAGCCCAGCCGUCGCCGCCGUUGUCUGCAGAGCCGUCCUCGCCGCACCGGCCUGCCCAGCCGGUUUCGCCGUCUCCUGCACAGCCAUCCGAGCCGGUUUCGCCGUCUGCAGCGGAGCCUUUGCCGCCAGCGCCGGCCGCGAAGCCCUCAUCGCCGCAGCCAGCCGAGCAGUAUUCGCCGCCGCCGCAGCCACCGCCGCCGUUCCCGCCGCCGCCGCCGCCGCCGCCGCCGCCGCCGCCGCCGCCGCCGCCGCCGCCGCCGCCGCUCCCGCCAACGACAUCGACGCCGACGACGACGUUUUCCGAGGAGCGUGCCGGCUCACCGCGGGAGGAGGCGGUCCCUCCGGCCGAGGCCGCUGGAUCCACGCCGCAGCCGCCAGCCGCGGCAGCGCUGCGCUCGUCGGGGCUCGACUUGUCAUUAUCGCUCCCGCCCCCGCCCUCCGCCCUGCCCGCGCCGCCCUCCUCCAUCGACGCUCCGCCGGGCGAGGACGCCGAGGCCGCCGAGGACACGAGAGCCGCGGCCGAGGCGGAGUGCCUCAGUCCUCGGCUCUCGCCCUCGGCCGGCCGCGCGGUGACGGCCCGCUACCUGUACAAGCGCGGCGACAACCUCUUCCAGGACGUGCUCGUCCUCAUGCUCCUCGACGAGAUGAAUGCGCUCUGGCGCGCCGCGGGCUCCGCCGCCUUCACGCUGACGUACGCCGUGGUGCCGACCGCCGAGCGGGCCGGCUUCAUCGAGCUGCUCCCCGAGGCGGUGCCGAUUAAGGCCGUGCCCGACUUCACGUACUCGCGCGCGCUCCACCACUCCGCCGCCGGCGCCUUCAUCGCCGGCUUCGUGCUCGGGCUCGCCGACCGGCACCAGGACAACAUGCUGCUCGUCGGCCCGCGGCGCGACAUCUUCGUGCACAUCGACUUUGGGUACGUCGCCGGCGCGCGCCCGUGGUUCGACGCCAACCUGCUGCCGAUCCCGGAGCGCUUCUACCGCUGCCUCACCGCCUCUGGCAAGUGGGACGAGUUCCUCAACGACUGCGUGUUCGCCUUCACCAUCCUGCAGGCCAACCGCGCGGCGCUCAUCGCCAUCGCGCAGACCUUUGUCGAGCCGCUGGUGCGAGCCGGCUACCCCGAGUACAUCGACAACGUGCUGCAGCAGCACACGCCGGACCAGGUGCGCGAGCUGGUGCAGGCCGCGCCAAACGACCUGGCCAGGCGGUUCAAAAACAUGCAUCAUAAGCUGUCGCAUUGA